AAGCGAAGUGUUCCUCAUAUAUAACCAAUCGCAUUCACACCAGUGAAAUCUUGCAGAAAUACAUUUUGAUUUCUGGCAAAUGUGGGCGAGGGCAAUGGGGAAUUUGCUUGUGAGGACUGCUGCAGUUGAUUUUGGCAUCCAGUGGGUGCUUUGGGUCGUUGCUGCUGCACUAAAAACUGAGAAAUUCUAUGAUUUAGCAGGCUCCGGCACCUUCCUUCUCUUGGCAUACCAGGCACUACAAUGGGGUGGGACACGCUUUCCAAGGCAGUCCAUCCAGUCUGAUAUGGUCAUGGUAUGGGCAUUUAGACUUGGUGCAUACCUAUUCACAAGGAUACUGAAAGAAGGCAAAGACAGAAGGUUCAAUGGAGUCCGUGAUAAUCCUGGCAAAUUCUUCAUGUUCUGGACUAUACAAGGUGUUUGGAUUUUCGUCACGCUUCUACCUACUCUGAUCAUGCACAGCAAGAAAAGGGACACACCUGUUGGACUCCGAGAUUACACUGGAUGGUCAAUGUGGUUGAUUGGAUUUCUAAUAGAAGUCAUCGCUGAUUAUCAGAAGUCAGCAUUCAGGAAUAACCCGGAUAAUGAGGGUAAAUUCAUCCAAAAUGGCCUAUGGAGUAUCAGUCGCCAUCCUAACUACUUCGGAGAGAUUCUCCUGUGGUUUGGUCUUUACAUCUCGGCAUCAAGCACGUUCUCAAAAUACGAAUACCUCAGUGUUCUGUCACCAGUGGCGGUGGCAUUCUUACUAAACAAUGUCAGCGGGGUUCCCCUGUUGGAGGCAUCAGCCAAACGACGAUGGGGAACCGACCCUGGCUACAUUGCUUACAAGCGAAGGACGCCAAGCCUUAUUCCAUUUAUUGGAUGGCUAUAAACGUUACAAGUUAUUAAAUCAUAAUUUGCCGAUCCCAAAGUGCAUUAUCAAUCGUUGUCGUUGCAUGCGAUGUAAAAUGCAAGAAGCAGCAAUUUAAAUUGCUUGUCAGCGGGCACUGAACACUUAAAUAUCCUCAUGUAAAAUUUGUACAGUCGUUUACUGGUGAGAAUGUAUGUGUAUUAUUUGUAAGGAUACAGUGUGAUUUCAUAUGAAAUUUAUUUUGAUUAAAAUAUAGUAUACGUCUAU